CAGAGGUUGUGCAGCUUUGAUGGGGUCGCCUGUCCGUCUACUGUGCCAACUUGAGGUCCCAUGUCUGACAGACGGCGCGUCAAUGGCCCUGCCGGCACGACCAGCCCUCCGGUGUUUGUGACUUCGAGCCAAAUUGUGGAGGCAGAAAAGAAAAGACUUCGAGGGCAUAAUGAGUUGCGGAAGAUAUUCUUGCAGACUGGAGUCGUCCCCUCGGCCAGCGGGUCGGCAUACCUCGAACUCGAAGGCCAGCCCGUGCAGCCGACGCUCGUGUCCUUGUCUUCUACGAUCAAACUAUCUUGCUCGGUCCAAGGGCCCAAACCCCUACCGAGGACCGCAUCCUUUUCACCCAACCUACAAUUGAACGCGUCGGUCAAGUUUGCGCCGUUCGCGACCCGCAACAGACAGGGAUACAUUCGUGAUUCUACGGAGAAAGACCUGGGGUUGCACCUGCAGAACGCUUUGAAGGGCGUGGUCAUACCCGACAGGUGGCCGAAGAGCUCCCUCGACAUCGCGGUCACCGUUCUGGAGGGAGAAGACGAUCAAGAGACGGGGGACCGGAUUUCGGGCCUGGGACUGUUCAACAUGCUGGCCGGGUGCAUCAAUGUCGCCAUGGCGGCACUCGCGGAUGCACGUGUGGAUUGCCUGGACCUCCUGGCCGCCGGAGUGGGUUCCGUCGUCGUGUCCGGUGCGGACGAGAAGCCUGUAAAGGUGCUUGAUCCUGCCGCCGUCGAGCACACCAAGGUACUGUCAAGUUGCCUAGUGGGAUACCUGCCCACACGAGACGAGAUCGUGGAACUAUGGUGCAGUGAUUCCGGGUUGGCACAAGCCAAAGGCGUACCGGGGUCGGGUUUUGACGAAAUGGUCGAUGGCGCGGUCGCAGCUGCUCGCGGUGCGCAGACGGUAUUGAAGGAGGUGCUCAUGGAGGCCAUGAUGCAAAGCCAGAUUGCGACAAAGAAGUUGACCGGGCAGAGUGCGAAAGAGGUCGAGAUGACAGGAUGAAAGGAGAUGAAUAGACGAAAUAUUCGAGAAUUUCUCGGUCGCAUUACGUUGCGGCAUAUCAGCGCAUCGUCGACAACAUCGGCAUGCUUCAUGAACUCUUUUGGGGACGAUGGAGACAAAAUGCGUAUUGUUUGCGAUCUGGUCACGGGCUCAUCCCUCAAUCGGAGGCACGAAAAGCUUGUGGUGUUGCGAAGACGCGCACGGGAAUGCGCUCUCCUGGCUUGAGCCCACAGCUUACCAUGGGCAUCUACAAAUGAUUGGAUGAUGUUUCCCCGGUGGAAACGAAAUGAAAUGUGUGGUACCAUCAAUCGACCGCUCUACGUCGAACAAAAAAGCAGACCAUAUGCUGCGUUAAAGCUCCGGGUUGGAAACCUUAGUAGGAUAGCGUCCGUGUCGAGGGGAGCGCCGCAGUGACCUGACGAUACCGUUUCCGGUGAUGUGCAAUCUGUAGGAUAUAGACAGAGCGAAGGGCAAGACAGCCGCCAUACACGAUGAACACUCAUUCUAGGUAGGCAGAUCUAGGAAAGACAGUGGGAGAUGGGACCCAAAGGCUACGAGAGUUAGAAAAGUGCUCAAUGAGACAAGAAACGAAGAUUAAGUCAACG